AUGAAGCGGGCCGUGCUGAAGGUGUGUCUGAAGGUGUGUCUGGGCGUUGCUUUUGGGUCUUCCCCUCUGUGGCUGGUUUUGGGCGGCAUAGAAUGCAUGCAGCUGACGGCGCGGCCCGACAAAGGCUCAUCAGUGACGGUGUCAGUUGGCCGACCCUCGGACCAGUGUACAGUGUGUACUGUCAGUGGGGUCAACGACACGCAAACGUCGUGCCAGUCCAUUCUUACUUUGGAGCCUGAGAAGGAAGUCAAACUACUCUUCAAUUGCUCCCAUCCCGUAGAAAAGUCUUACCUGGUCACUAUCAGUCAGUCCAUCGAAUGUACCAAGGACUCAUGCACACCUACUGCAGGAGAAACUGAUCCAAACCUCUGGAAGGACUUCAAAAGAACCCUGAAAUGGGACAUCAGUGUCCCAGAGAGGACCAUCCUGACUUUGGAACUGCCUAGCGACAGCUUGAAGCAGGUAUCGGCGGAAGACAAAUGUCAAGAGGGCCCACAGUACUCUGUGAGCACAACCAGAAACGACGGUCAGAUCAAGACCAACAUCUACUGCAGAGGUGGACCCAUGUCCAAAUUGGAUCUCAUUGGGAGGACUUCCUUGACCGUUGACGUGCCCCAAGGAGAAGAAAUGGACAGGACCAUUUUCACUGCCAGAGCAAGACCCAGAGGCAAAACUGGCAGAAUGCUGUCAGUGACCCCUGACCCGGAAACCAUCAUUAUUCUCAGCAGAGACACAGUCGAACCCGACUGCAGCGUGUGUUUGGGCGUACCGCCGGAUCAGAAAUGUGAUCCAAAAAGCCUCAUCUUGAGAGAAUCUCGUAACACGUCUGUGGAUUUCACUUGUCCUCAACCUGAGGAGGUCUUCAAAGUGGAGAUCAACAGAGAAAUCGAUUGCACAGCGACUUCCUGCUCUGGUGAUAUCGUCCAAGCCGAGUCCUCGCUCUUCCCCGACUUCAACCGGACUUUCACCUGGGACCUGAAAGUCAGUUCCACUCGAGCUUUCCAACUGGACUUCCCUGAGCCAGGAAUGAAGCAGAUUUCGAACGGAGAUACGUGUCCAGAUGAGCACACCUAUGUUCUCGUUACCUACCUGCGAACUGGCCCCGCCAACAUCGGAACCUUCUGCAAGGGCGGUUCUGUGACCAGUGUCCAGGUGCGCUACAAGGGCCGCGUCUCUCUACAAGUGCCAGGAAACAGAAAGAUGGAUGCCGUAGACUACAAACUCAGUGUUGGGCCUGAGACCAGCAUGGUGGCCAUUGUGAAAGUCAAGCUUCCACGUGGCGUCUCUGACACGACCUUCAUCGCUGCCAAUUACCCUAAUGAUUUCCCUGACAACCAGCAGAUGCAGUGGGACUUUGCUGUGCCCGGAAUGCACAACUACAGCGUGCAUUUUCAUGAUCACAUGGCGCCAGAGUGCCUCAGCAAGGAUGUGGAAGUAGAGUACAGAAAACAGGACAAAAAGAUCAGAGCGGGUCUGACGGACAAACAGCCAGAGCAUCAACAAGGAAACUUCGGAAUGGUGUUGAAGAACUGUGAAACCAACAGGACUUUGCAAGGACUCACUUUGAAAUUCAGCGUGUCCACUAUGAGAAGUGGACAUCCAGUUUUGUGCACAGUCGACCUGAGCAAACAGCAAAAAGUGUCCCUGAAAAUUGAGAAAGUGGGUGCCGAUCCCUACUGCGAGAUGAAAGUAAAUUCACAGCUUUCAAACAAGAUAAACGUGGCUGCUGGUAGUCAAGCCCAGCUUUCCUUCCUAGACUGUCCCAAUGAAGAUGUGCGAUUGACAGCAAGUGAAGUUAUUGAGUGUCAGAGUGCGGCUCCCUGCUCUGAGACCCUCCUCACCGUCCCCACGUUGGAUUCCUGUUUACGGAUGCCUCUCCACAGCUUUACCUGGCACCUCACCAUCCCUCAGGAUAGGACCAUCGAUCUGGUGUCGCCGUCAGGGAGUCUGCAACAGUCGGUACCCGGCCAGGAGUGUAAGGAUCCCGUCUCCCUGCACGUUGAGGAGAGCGAAGGCUUCUCCGUGGGAGACUUUUGCUCGAACGGAAUUAUCCAGAAAGUUCAAGUGCACGCUAACAUCUCCAUCACGGCGACCACCCGGGACUUUAGCAAGACCAAAGGGCCUUUUCUCAACGUGACCUUCAGCAAAGAGAUCCCAGAGACCAUCAUUUAUCAAGUCAGCCCUCAUACGAGCACUCCAACAAUGCUGGCCACCCCCAACUGGCCCAAAGGAAUGAGGCCUUCGUCCACCGUGUCCUGGAUCGUCUCUUUGCCGAGCCAGUACCAGGCGGGGGUCCAGUUCGUCAACGUCAGCCAACCCAAAUGCAACGACAGACACACGGCCAUCAAGGUGAAGAUGUUGGACUCCGAGGAGGAGCUCCUGAGCCGGCGGGAGGAUGAGAAAAUGGACGACAAGCUCCUGGUGCCUCGCAGCUUCUACCUCAACAUGUCCAACUGCAUACCAGAAGAUGGAAAUUUUGGCGCAGUCACCAAAAUCGUUUUAGAGCAGAAGAACAAUCUCUUGGCUAUCCUUCUCGGCAUAGCGGGGGCACUUCUUCUUCUACUCAUCAUCUCGGCGGUAAUCUGCUUCUUUGUCAAGAAAAAGAAAAAAGAUCGCAUGAACAAGGAGGCGUCCAUCUACAUGGGCAGAGGGAAUAUUUUCCGUCCCGGUGAAAGACAAUUCAGCAAAGCGCGGUCCGACAACGAGUCGCACGUAUACGCCUCUAUUGAUGACACGAUGGUGUACGGUCACCUACUGGGAGACACCAGCUACGCGGACAGCAUGCAAGAGCAUUUCAAAGGAAUGCAGUUGGACUCCUACCACACCUUCACAGGGCCCUCGGAGCUGCCCGUCAUCAACGAACCGGAGCCGGAACCCGAGGUGGACCACUUCAACACGUUCUUAGACCCGUCCGAGUCGUUCCUCCCGCCUCGUCCGCGCACGCCGAUCGACCGGCAGGAUAGCCUGGGAUUUCAAGAUCGCAGAAUGGUAGACAAUGAACUGUACACGUUCAGAAACACGGGGGAGAUGAACACUUUCCGCCUGUCGGGUGCCGACAUGGAACCGGAACCGCCUCCGUUGGAGGAGUUCUUGUAG